UCUUUCUUUUCUUUUAAAGGAUAACUUUCUAUUAUUUCUAUCUAUAUUAUAAUAAUUAUUUCAAUGACUUUUUAAGUUAAAGAUAUCAAUUUGAAGUAACAAACGAUCGGUAUAUCAAACUGUAUAGACGAUUUUCAUACAGAAAGACCAACGUUCUUAAUAAAAAAUUUAACUGAAUAUAUUCGACUAAAUUCAGAUUAUAAGAAACAUAAAACAAUCAAAUCAAAUGAUUUCUUCGUAGAUGAAUUUUGAAUGAAGUUGUACUUCAUUUAUACGGCGAUAGACAUAACCAAAUAUAUAUCUUAGAAAUGAAAUAUUGAUUGUAUCAACUUUUUUAAAGUAUGUACAUAUUAAUAAUUUUAUCCCGUCCAUACUGAUUAGCAGACGAUACUCUUUAAGCGCACUCUUCAAUAUUCUUUUUUUCAAAUGGUUAAGCUAGGUAAAACUAGCGGUCUCAUUUGAAAUCUUGUGUUUGUAUGAUAUACGUCUUUUGGAUUAGAUUUUUUUUAACAACGAAAACGAUCAUGUUUCUUCUAAUAUUGUCAAGAAGAUUUAAUGUUCAUAGACGACCUAUAAUGAUAUAUGAUACUUCGCAAAGGUGUAAUUCUUUAAUCAACCUAAAUACAUUACAUAACCUCAAAGGAUUGUUUCGUUUCAUGUCAAAUAAUGUAUUUGCAUCACGUUUAAAUUUACCACUUUCUGAUAAUAGUGUUAAAAAGUAUUUAGAUUAUCUUUCUGAUACUUAUCAAAGUAAUCAAUGGAAGGAAAAUAAUUUUGUAAAAAUGAUUGAUAUUAAAUCUGUGGCAGUCACGUUGGAAGAUCGUAUUAAUAUUAAGGAAAAUGUAAAAUACUUGAAAGAUCUUGGUAAAGAAGACGAGGAAAUGAAACGAUUAGCUCAGGAAGAAGAAGUAAUAUAUAAAAAACAGUUGGAUGAUCUGGAUGAAAAGUUAUUGAAUAUAAUUCUGUAUGAUCUCGAUAAAGAAAAUUAUAACAAUAUCAUUCUUGAAAUAUCAGCUGGUGUUGGAGGUCAAGAGGCUAUGCUUUUUGUUGAAGAUCUUUAUAAAAUGUAUUUAGGAUAUGCAGAUUAUUUAGGAAUAGAACAUGAAUUAUUGGAGCUGGAUAAAAGUGAAAAUGGCAUAAGGCAUACUAGUAUUUUACUUAAAGGUAAUUUAGCUUUUAAAAAAUUUAGAUAUGAAGGAGGCGUUCAUAGAGUACAAAGAAUACCAAAAACUGAAAAGUCUGGUCGUAUGCAUACCAGUACAGUAUCAGUUGCUAUUUUACCAGAACCAACAGAUAUUGAAACUAAUUUAAAUCAUAAGGAUUUGAAGAUAGAAACAAUGCGAUCAUCAGGUGCUGGUGGUCAACAUGUAAAUACAACUGAUUCUGCUGUGAGAAUAACUCAUUGCCCAACUGGAAUAACAGUAUGUUGUGAAACGCAAAGAUCACAAAUAAAAAAUAAAGAAAUAGCACUCUUGAAGCUAAAAACUAUUUUAUAUCAACAAGAAUUGAAUAAACAAAUUGGGAUUGUUAGUGAAAUGCGUAAAAAGCAAAUGGGCUUAAAAUUCAGGAAUGAAAAGAUAAGAACAUAUAAUUAUAAUCAAGAUCGUAUCACGGAUCACAGAUUAGAAAAUGGAACAAUGCAUAAUUUAAAAUUGUUUAUGACAGGAGGCGAAGAAUUGGAAAAACUAGAAGGAUUCAUCCAAUAAAAUUUCGUAAUUUAUUUGAAAAAGAUACAACAAGAUUUUAAUAACGACGUGUCCAUAGGCACACAUUGUUUUUUAACUGUCAUAUAAUACAAUAAUAUACAAAAUUAAUAUCCAUAGUCUCUAUAAAUGUUAAAUGCCCGCGCGCGCGCGAUAUAUAUAUUUUACAUUGAUUAAUGUACAUACAAAGCGCAAAUGAUCAUAGUUUAUUUAUGAAUGUGCGCUCGUAUAUGCGCCCCUGCUCGUAUAUGGACUAGAAUAUCACUAUAAACUUUUAUCUAUUGUGAUCACUAUGAAGAAUCGUUUUAGUAAUUGCAUAAUGAUUCUUACAGCGAGUAGAGUUCCGACAUAUUAACGCAAGAUUCCUUCAUUAAACGAUUAACCUACAUGAGAAUGAAGUACUUUUACACCUACAACGUUAUUCUCAAGAAUUACUCUGUUCGUUUAAGUGGUAUUUAAAUGUUAUGUGUGUUGUAAAUGUUUCCUUUCUGUAUGUCAUUUUUUAUGGUGAUAUUGAUUUAAUAUUUAUUUACAAAAUAGCUGCACACAGUAUCAAUAUACAACGUACUGAAACAUUAUUUGUUUUAACAAUGAUCAAUCAAUCAUUCAGUAAUGCACAUUAAUCCAUGUCCCAUGUAAAUAUUUGAUCUUUGUACAUAAAUUUUACCUAAAAAUUGUCUAUCUAUUCUAAUUUACAAACAUCGAUUUUUUAUGGAAAAUUUGUCAAACAUAAAAAAGAAAACAAUGUUUGACAUUUUAUUUAAAUAUAUGACGAUACUAACUUUCGAAAUAGUAUUAACAAUAUUAAAGGAAUUAUGUAGAUUUAGAAAGAUAAAGAGACGAAUAAAGAGAAAAAGUGAAGAGCAGCAGCGCACAGAGCACAGAUCGCUUUGCGUUUCGGGCAGUAAGAUUUUGCUUUUUGGACUUUCCCAGCUUUUAAUCUAUGAUCUCGCACGAGAGAACGAUUGAACGAUUAAUAUUCGCGACAUAACUAUCUGGUAUACAUGUAUCAGCCAGUAUUUCAAGCCGUGCUGCAAAUCAGCAGGGUGAAAAGAGGUAGAAACUGAGGGUUGCCUCUAGCAUAAGCGUUCCAUCGAGAUAUACGCCGAUGCAUUUUGACUAGAUUCUAAAAUUUUGACAUUAGAUUAAUCACGCUUCACAUUUCUUUGCUCAUUAAGGGUAUAUCGAUAUCAUGAUAGAUAUCAUCUCGC